AUGGACGGACUCCACCUCGACCCAGACCUCGCCGAGCACGCACGCAUCCAUCCAGCCAAGCUGGUGACGACUCCAGCUCUCGGGGACACAGGCCUGCCACUGCCACCACUCGAGCCGCCAGAAGACUUGUCGGACACUUCUGACGACCUUCCAGCUGUCAAAGCUAUGGCGUUCGACAAGCCAACGACCCACCGCCACACCAGCCUGCCCGACCGCUCUGUGACCCGCGACACUCGCGGCGUCUCCGAAGACGUUCAGCAUUAUCGCAGUCGCUCGCCCUUCCCAGGCGGACUAAGUGCUGGCCCUGGCAAUGUUCGCUCGAGGACGAGGUCGCCGACACCUGCGUGGAGACAGCGAGUCCAGCAAGAAAAGCAGAAGAACAAACCCCACAACUUCACUGCUCGUAAGCAGUAUCCACAAGCCAAAGCCGAGGACAGGAAAGCUACAGAAGUUGCAAUUCGCGCGAAAGGUAGCAGCGCCGUCGUCGGGUUUUGCUUGAAGUGCUUUCACGGGGAUGGCGAUCCAAACGGCAAGGGCCACCCCUUUGUCUUCUGCCCACGCGCAACAAACGCUGCCAAGCAGCUCGCUGCCGCUUUGGAGGCAAGUGCUGUCGCCGUCACUGCUGGACACAGCAGUGGAAGGAAAGGGAUCUCGUUCUGCCUUUACAAUGGUCAUGCUGGCAAGAUGGAGGCGUUUCAAUGUGCGUUGAGUGGCGGGCCAAAACGCCACACCUCUCAAGACCACCGUGUAUUCGGCGCGGAAUCUUUCGCUGCCAGCGCUUUGCAAUUUGUACAUGCCCCUUGCAUUUGUUGCAAUAAUAGGGGUGACAGGGAGCAAGCUGCGGAUCAUUGCGCCCUCGACUGCUCCAAGCCUACGUUGGAGGCCCAGCACUGGUUGUCGGCGAAGCAGGAGCUAAAUGCGAUCUACGGGAAAGCUGGCCGUCCUGUGCCGACGUCCAAGCACUCCAUGAGUCGACAUGCUCAAGCUGAGAAGCCGCUGUCUCAUCGCCUACCGCGGCCCCAGCAGCCUCGCGCACAGACGGCUUCUGUCCAGCAGAAUCAUCUACCAUCACACAUUCAUCCGUCACGUCUUCCUCUUCACCACGGCGAGAACACCAACCGAGAGGCCGUCCAGGCGUACCAACCCAAGGCCUCUUGGGAGUCAGCAAUGCUUGGCGAAAUGCUUCAAAUGGAAAUGCAGGCGCGUCCAAGCAGCUGGCUGGCUGUGGCCCUGUCCGUUCAGGAGCAACUUCGACAGCAGCUCAUGAAGGAUAUCAUAAUGGGGGACCCUGCUGAAGGGACGCCGCUCGCGAUUCCUCUGUUGGAGCUGCUGGAUUCCAGGAUCCGCAAUCUCGUCGUACAUAUGGGCGAGCAUUGUAGUUGA